UCAUCAUUCCUUCAUGCCCCUAAAGCGUGCAUCUUCUUCCAAACGCAAAAUUCCGGUGUCUGACGAUGAGGGUUCCAUACCGCCAGAAUCGAUGAAGACAGCGAAGAAAGCGAAAUUAGCACAAUCUUCGGUGCUGGAACCAGACGCGCAGCCUACCAACACGGUCCUACCUGUGAAUAUAUCUUUCCCUCUUCGAAUUCCGAACACGCUUCGUUUUUCUUCAUGGAAUGUUUGUGGACUAGCUACCAGUCAAAAGAAGGGCUUCAAAUUCUACGUUGAGGCUGAAGAUCCUGAUAUCUUAGUCCUCACUGAAACUAAGGUCAACAACGAACCAGUUGACCCUUCGUUGUCAAACCGCUUUCCGCAUCGUUUUUGGUCCAUUUCAGAGAAGAAGGGCUAUUCAGGAAUUGCAGUGCUAUCGAAGCAAAAGCCUUUGUCUGUUGACAAAACCAUUCCCGGUCACCCUAAUCCAUCCGUCGUCAAAGGUCGGAUUAUUACUCUUGAGUUUGAGAACCACUUCUUCAUCGCCACUUAUGUUCCCAACGCUGGAGCAAAUUUGAAGACACUUGAUGUGAAAAAUGAAUGGAAUAAACAUUUCACCACCUACAUCCGGGACCUGGACAAAAGGAAGCCCAUUAUAUGGGCAGGGGACCUGAACGUUGCUCCGACCGAGCUAGACCUCACCAACGCAAGAAGGAAUUGGAACAAGACCCCGGGUUAUACCGAAGCAGAAACGACUGCCUUCAAGAAUAUUCUCCAGCCACGGGACGAGACAGCAGAUGAAUCCUCAUCCAAAUCUGAACAAUUUAUCGACGUAUGGCGCAGAUUGCAUCCUUCCCUACAACACUACACCUAUUUCUCAUACCGUUUCAACUGUCGAAUGAAAAAUUUAGGAUGGAGACUCGAUAUGUUUGUUCUUAGCCAACGAAUCACAGAUAAAGUGAAGAUGUGCGAGAUAAGAAGUGAUAUAUACGGUGCCUCUGAUCAUUGCCCAAUAACAAUGGAAUACGAUGGACCGUUGUAA